AUGAAUGAUUUGUUCUCCCAAUCCUUCAAACAAGCUCAAGAUGACGAACGCGACUUGGAGGCCGGCGGCAGCGACUCCGUCGACCUCGACAAGUUCUUCGAAGAUGUCGAAAACGUCAAAGAAGACAUGGCUGUCAUAGACAAGCUGUACAAGAAGCUACAGGCGGAGAAUGAGGAGUGCAAGACGGCCAGUAAUGCCACCGCCAUGAAGAACCUCCGAGCCAAGAUGGAUGCCGAUGUUUCACAGGUUUUGAAGCGGGUUCGUGUCAUCAAAGGAAAGAUCGAGGCGUUGGAUAAGGCGAACAUCGCCCACCGGAAGCUUCCCGGUUGCGGGCCGGGAUCGUCGGCCGACAGAACGCGGACGUCCGUCGUUAGUGGUCUCGGAAAGAAGCUCAAGUCGAUGAUGGACGACUUCCAAUCGUUGAGGGCCCGCAUGAACGAGGAGUAUAAGGAGACUGUCGCGAGAAGAUACUUCACCAUCACGGGUGAAAAACCUAACGAUGAAUUGAUUGAAAACCUGAUCUCGAAUGGAGAAAGUGAAGAUUUCAUGCAGAAAGCGAUCCAAGAUCAGGGUCGAGGCCAGAUCAUGGACACCAUCUCCGAGAUUCAAGAACGACAUGAUUCCGUGAAGGAAAUCGAAAAGAAUCUGAUAGAACUGCACCAGAUCUUUUUGGACAUGGCGGCGCUCGUGGAGGCCCAAGGCCAACAGCUGAACGAUAUCGAGAGCCACGUCUCGCAUGCAAGCUCGUUCGUCCACCGUGGGACCGAACAACUGGUCGAAGCCCGAGAGUUGCAGAAGAGCUCGAGGAAGUUUACCGUCAUCGCCAUUUUCCUCGUGAUCAUUCUUCUUAUCGUCCUGCUUUACCCCCUUUUGCGCUCACUUCUAUCCCUGCUGCAUUUUCUGUUUAAUGUACUGUACCCAUUGCUUGUUUCAACACAUUUUCACUUGUAGAUUACUUGCUUGUUCUUCUAUUUUUUCCUGUCACAAGAGUAUUCACGUAAACAGUCUCUCUACCCCAAGGGGUAGAAGCAAGGUCUAUGUAUAUCCUACCCCCUAGAUCCUACCUCUGGGUUCAUUUGGUUUAUAAUGUGCAAGUAUUGAUUUUUAUUAGAUUGUUGCAUUAAGGAAUUAACUAGUUGUUCAAUCACUUUAUGAGAAUAGCAGAAAUCUUUCCUCAUCCCAGACCUUUCAGUUUGACCAUCUAUAUUCUGAUUGAAGUAGGUAUUGUAACGACCCCAAAUUUCAAAAUAUUUCCAAUAAUAGGGAUAUCAUCUCAAAAUCAUCUCACGAAUAUCAUGGCAGAGAAAUCUAACGUUGCUUAUCGAGACUAACACAAAAUUCUAAUACCACAUUUAAAUACUAGAAUCGAUAAGUAUAGUUAUCAAGUCUAGAUUUGCAUUCCCGAACGCAUCUUGAGUCAAAGUUUUUCCCACCCUCAAUUGCAUAAUUUUUCAAUAAAGAUUAGACCAAAUAAUUUUCAUGCAUGAUGACAUCAAUAACUGUUUUAAAUAUUAAAUCAUAAAAUUAUGACGAACAAUUUUCUCACAUGAGUAUGCAUACUCUGAAAAUGCUUCAAAUUUUGUGGUAGGAAAUAGUGGCUACUUAGCAGAACUAAAUCACCUGACACUCUUAUAUAUUCGAUCGAGUUCUAUCUAUAUCUGUCUUCAUAUCGCAGAAAGCUCUUACAGAGUCAUUCUCAUAACACACAUAAUCCUGUGUUAUACGGUUCAUGGGACAACACAGUCUCAUGCCAUACGGUUCAUGAGACAACACAGUCUCAUGCCAUACGGCUCAUGAGACAACAAAUCUAAUGUUUUAUAGGUUCCACUGUACAUAUCACUUUCAUGCAUUUUUAAUUCUGAAGCGAAUACUUGCGUGCUUUACAUCAUUCAACAUAAUAUGAUCAAAUCAUAUCAGCAAGUAAAGACAUUUUAUUGCAUGCAGUCUAGUAAAAUAAUACGUGAAACUCAUUUGAGGUCCAAAGUAUUAAAAUCAUGGUGUAAGACUAACUGAUCUUGGAUGCCCAAAAUAUUGACUUAAUAGUAUGUUUUACUCUAUUAUUGUUCGCAAGCCUAAAAAUAUAUCUCGUUCGUGACCCUUUUUUACAACUGUCAAACCAACAUCUAAGUUCCAUAUUUAACACUUUAAAACCUAUGGAUGGUUUCAGUUAAUGCGAUCAUCAUUUGUACCUUAAGCCUUUAUUUUAUGAUUUAAGUAAUUGAACCCCAAAGACUUUUUCUUAUAGAUCCACUUCCAUUCUAUGCUUGAAGUAGCAUUUUAAUUACAUUAAGUUGAGCUUGUGUUUAUUAUGAUUAGGUCACAAGGUUUAAGUCACCCUAAUGUAAGUAAAAUGCUACUUUGAGCACAGAAUGUAAGUGGAUCUAUAAGGAAAAGUUUUUGGGUUCAAUUACUUGAUCUUAAAAUAAGGGUUAAUAAAUUCUGAUCACAAUAACUAAAACCUUUAACAGGUUUUAAAGUGA